UGGCAACAUUUCUUGUUUUCUUUCUUCAGUGUUUUUACAGGACGAGUGCGAGUGGGAUUUAUAAGUGUAAAGUAAUUUCAGAUAGCACACGAUGGCUCCUCGUAAGGGAAAAGUAGUUAAAGAAGAAGUCCAAGUUUCCCUCGGACCUCAAGUUCGUGAGGGCGAGAACGUUUUUGCCAUCUGCCACAUUUAUGCCUCCUACAACGACACAUUUGUGCACGUCACAGACUUGUCAGGGCGUGAGACCAUUGUAAGAGUCACUGGUGGUAUGAAAGUCAAGGCUGAUCGUGAUGAGUCCUCGCCUUAUGCUGCUCUUCUUGCUGCUCAGGACGUAGCUGACAAGUGCAAGACCCUAGGAAUUAAUGCCCUGCACAUCCGUAUCCGUGCUACUGGCGGCAACAAGACCAAGACCCCAGGACCUGGUGGCCAGUCAGCGUUGCGUUCCCUUGCACGUGCUGGUAUGAAGAUUGGCAGGAUCGAGGAUGUGACGCCAGUGCCCUCCGACUGCACCAGGAGGAAGGGUGGUCGUCGCGGUCGUCGUCUGUAGUGCAUCUGUUGUCUGCAGUAAACCCUCGAUCCAACAA